AUGGUAAUGGUGUCAAGAGGUUUGUGGUGGCUGAAGGGAUUCCACAGCAGCGGCGCCGGAGGACGGCGAUGGCAGCACUGCUGCUUUUGCUUUCCUGCUCUGACGGGUUUGACGAGAGAGAAGGAGAAUGAAAGGGUUGUGGGUGGUGGGUUGAUUGGCGAUGGCUGGAGAGUAGUUGGGUGUGGCCGCAGUGAUGUUCCGGUAGUCCCUGGUGGUUUUCCGGUGGCCUCACUGUCUGUGGUCCUUAGCCACCCUCGGUGGUGGUGUUUUUCGACGGCAAUGGGUAGCAGCCCCACUGCCCCACUGCUGGGUUUUCCUGCUUCGGUCAACAGAAAAGAGGGAAGGAGCGGAGAUGCAGCUUGGCACCAGCUCGGUGGUGGCUGUGGGUGGUCUUUGGUGGCUGCUAGUCACAGUCCAAGGGGAAGGAUGGAGGUUGGUGAUGUUUGUUCUAACAAUGGUGGAAGUACAGAGUGGUGGCCGACUGUGGUGGUUUGGGUUGCCAGAAAAUGA